AUUGUAAUUAUUGUUUAGAGUAUAAUGAUAGAGAAAAGUCUGCAAAUGUCAUUAUACACACACUUUUUCCAAAUAUGUUGUGUCUGAGGCUGGCUAAGUCCUCAGAUACAGAGCCUGUGAUUUGGAGGGACAGCUGCAUUUCUUCACUGCCCUGCUUCUUGCCAAGCCUGAGUACAAGUGUGGGACCCUUUCUAGCACAGCUGACCUGAAGCCACGCAGAGUGGUCAUCACUGCCAUGUGAGGAAAGCUGACUCAUCCUGGUCUUCAGGACUUAGUUACCCCCACAAAGACUCAGCCUUCCCUUCUCAUCUCUGUGGCUCCUCUCCUCAGAUUUCUCUCUCCCCCCUCCUCUUCUAAGAUUCACGUUGACUGACAUAGUUCUUCUUUGCCAGGCUGGCUUAUUGAGAAAAAAUAAUUCUUUGCUUUACAAUAAAGAUACUAUAUGUUUAAAAAAUCUAAUUUGACUAAUAUGUUUCGCUGAGCUUUCUUCAUUUAUACCAACAAGAAUUCAUUUUAGUGUUUUAGCCUCCGGGAAAUGAUGAAUUUGUUUAAUAGAUUGGUAAUUAUCCAGCUCAGAAAUGAUCAUUAGAAUUCCUUUUCAUUUGAUUACUAUAAAUCACCAAACACACAAUCCAUUUAUCACCAGCUGCAUCCAUUAACUCAGCCUUGCUUGUCCUUGACUACAAGCCACCUGAGUUACUCAUUUUGAUUCUUUCUAAGUAUAAAUAUUAAUAGAAAGUGGUACUCCUUAAGUAAAUCUGAUAUAAAAUUUCAGAUUUACUUGGAAAGCAUAGCUGUACAAACUUUUAUAAAUGAUUUAGCUUUUAUUGUCUUAGAAUAUUUUUCAAGUCAGCCAUGACUUGAAUAGAAGUGUCCUUUUUGGUUAGGAGUUUGGGGUGAUUAUUAUCAGUUGUCAAAGGAUCACUCCUGGACAAAUAUCAUCUUAGUAGAGAAGGUGAGGCUGUGCUUGUAAAUCACGAGAAUGUCUUUCAUAUCUGUACUUUUGGCGCUAACUAAACACCUGUAUGUGAUGUACUAGAUAGAACUUGAGGUAUUACAGUUCUGAAAUGGAAAAUCUGGUCAGAAAACUGAGCUCCCCCAGUAUGUUAUGUGUGUGUGUGUGGUGAGAAUUACAAGCAUGAAGACUUGUCAUGAAGAAUGUCACCUACGUGGACAUCACCGAACCUAAGGUCAUCUGGUAAGAACUCAUGUGUAAGAUAAUUCAGGACCCCUCCUCUGGGAUUCCAUCUAGCAGUGUUAUGAUUGGAUUUAGACAAAUGAAGAGCAAAGAAAGUUACUGUAGGGCAGUCUGCUUAGUCCACAAGCCAACUGUGUUUUUCUUUCCCCUUUUUUCUCCUGCGGUCUCUAGUUUACCGUGGUUUCUGGGCAGUCCUGAUGCUUCUAGGGGUACUCGCUGUUCUGACUGCAAGCUUUCUGAUCAUCUGUGCAGCCCCCUUUGCCAGCCACUUUCUCUAUAAAGCCGGGGGAGGCUCAUACAUCGCUGCAGGCAUCCUGUUCUCCUUGGUGGUGGUGUUAUAUGUCAUCUGGGUCCAGGCAGUGGCUGAUAUGGAAAGCUACAAAGUCAUGAAGAUGAAGGAUUGCUGGGAGUUCACACCUUCUGUGCUCUAUGGAUGGUCAUUUUUUCUGGCCCCAGCUGGAAUAUUUUUCUCUCUUCUAGCUGGAUUAUUAUUUCUAAUUGUUGGACGGCAUAUUCAGAUACAUCACUAAUCAAACUGUUUCCACCAGCGAUUUUACGGUAGAUUUGAAAACAGAGCAUACUUUUUCUUCCUUUGUUUUAGUGAUAUCAAUAUAAAGUUAAUUAAUCAAUGUGCCUUUUUAGUUGAUAUUUAGAAUGAGUCAUUUUACCUGUGGUUUCCUCUGAUAAGAACGUCCUAGAAUUCCUCCAGGUAUAGCAUCUCUAUCUCAUCGGUACUGGGCCUCUGGUGUAUUGCGUUUGGAGUUCAUGCAGUGCAAAGGCCUGAUGAUAGCUUUAAUACCAUCACACCAGACAGAUCACUAUUCAAAGUCUCCUUGACAGUCACUUCUGCUAAUUUAAAAAAAUGGAGGGUAAUUAAGAAUGGAAAACAAAUGUAGCUCGAGAAAGUAUUUCAUUUCUCUUGCACCCAUGUACAUAUCCACAUUCAGAUUCAUCGACUCCUGUGAACAAAUGAGCCAUCAUUUAAACACAGCCAGCAUUUGCUCUUGUUAGCAGGAGCCACGAGUGGGCCAACAAACAAAACCAGGAACGUGGAUGCCACCUCCUUACCCACAGCACUUUGCUUACCUACUUUUACUCGCUUAAUUGUAUAUGCUUAUAGGAGCAUUUAACUGUCCUUAAAAGCAGUAAGUCUGUAUACCAAAUUAUACAUAAUUCAGAUUAGAAUUGUAUGAACUCAAAGUGGGCUGAUUAUGUAAUGUAAUAUGGUUUAAAAUAUGUAAAAUCCAACCACCUCAGCUUAGCACAUAAUUCUAUUUAAUAUUUUUAAAUUCCCAUUUAAAAAUUACAUUGCUAAGAUGUUCAACAUGUGAAAAUUUAUUGAUGAAACAUGCUUUUAAUAUUCUCUAGCUAUAAAGUUUCAAAAUACUUCCAUAUGAGGAUUAUAAUAUUCUUGCUUUAUGAAAGACCAUGAAAUAUUAACUUUCCCCAAGAUUUUAUGGUUCUAGUUCUUCUGAUCAUUUGAUUCUCUUAAUUAUUGUCCCUCAUUUCUUCAUCUUUACAAUAGAUACAUUAACAUUUACAGAUCCACAAUUUCCUUUAACCUCCUGGAAGAAAAGGUUUUGUGGGGAAAUAUAAUUCUUUAUUAUUCACUAGCAUUAGACAUUUUGCAUAUCAAAGAUACUCCUUUGGCAGGAAUGUUGAUUGAAAUCAAACCCAUCUGCAAGGCCUAGGCCUUGUUUGCAUUCAGGAAGCUUCCAUCAUGGAGGAGUUUGUUGUUAGUGACAGAACAGAGAAAUGGACAGCACUUGAGCUUUGCUGGAGGCCCCAUGCUUCGUUCUGCAGCUGUUGUCAUGAGGAGCACAUGUACGACUCAGAGGCAUAGGAAUGACCACUUGGAAGCUUCUCUGGAAGAGAUGGACUGAGGCUGCUGUGGAUGGGGAGGACACCUGAGCCUUCCCUGCAGGCCUCCUACUUUAGUGUCAAGUUGUUUUACAAAGAGGGAGCUUAGAGGAAUAACAAUAGGUCUGAGUUCUUUACAGCUUCAUGUGGGUGUUUUAGUGACAGUCAGGACUUGUCUGUAACAACAACAGCAACGGCAACAACACUAAUUUUUAAAAAGCUCCUGGGGUUUAACUGGCUUCCAAGUCAUUUCAAUAUCAUAAAUGUAUUUUUGUGGUACUUUUCUUUUGUCUUCUUCUGUUUCAUUUUUUCUAUUGCUUCAUUUACUUCUUUGCUUUUUGGCUUGAUUAUCAGAAAAAUAAUUAUGGGUUCUGUUAUGCAUAUUGACUGUGAUAUUAAGUUAUGGCAUGCCAUUAAGUUUUCCAGACGAUGCUUAGAUGUAUUUGAUUAGUACAUGUCAUCUGAACAUACAAUUCUUUUUCAUAGAACUUUGGAAUGGAACCUUUUCCCAAGCACUGUAUGCCAUUUAAAUUUCACAUGCAAGCUGCUUUUAGUAAAAGUUUGAAUAUUUAUAAAUUUCAGAUGGUUACCCUCAUUUUCUAAUACACUUAUGCUCAACCAUCUAUUUACCAUAAGGCCAUUGGCUGAAUAGCUGAUGUGUAUGACACUUUACACAGAGCCACACUUUGGAAGUCUUUUAUAGUUGUGAUACAUCAGUCACAUUAAUUUCAAAUGUGUUUGUUCAUCUACUACCGAAUGGCAGGAAUGAAGGUGAGUUUGUGGUUUCAAUGUGUUAACUAUACUUGAAAACAGUAGAUUGUUGUGACAGUCUUAUAUCUGAUUUGGGAUACUAUAUUUCCAAAUAUCUUUGCUGUGUUUAAUUCUCUAUUAGGUACAUUGAUUAAUUUUCAGAAUUCUGCAAGCUAAAUAAUACUCUUUUUAAAGAGUGUUGAUUUUGUAUUAUAUAGUUUCAGUUUAAAAAUAUCUUUUUACUGACACUUCUAAAAUGACUGAAUAAAAAGGGAAGUGAGUGAUGCCUUGGUCUUUGGGAAAGCUGUGAUUGCUCCAUUUGUACUUGUUCAGUUGUCUUAGGUCAGUAGGUGGCAGGCAGUGCAUGCAUUGAGCUGGCUGUAGAAAAUAUACAGCAAAGCUUAGUGAUGGUAUUAACUGGUGUUCAUGCUAGGGCUUUCUAGAAAAAAGAUGCCAUGUUUAGUGGUUGCUUGGUCAUUUUUGAUGGUAAUCUAUAAAAUAUAGCUAUUGAUUUGAAUAUUAAAUCCACUUAUAAAAGAAUGUGGUAGAGAAAGUACCAGUGUUUGGUUAUUAUAUCUAUCUAUCUGUCUAUCUAUCUAUGUAUCUAUCUAUUUAUCUAUCUAUCUAUCUCUCUAUACCUAUUAUCAACAUGUACGUGUGUGUGUGUGUGUGUGUGUGUGUGUGUGUGUAUUGUAAUGAUAAGUUUGGAUAGAAAAAGAUGAAUUGAAUGGCAUAAAUCAUUAUAUAUGAGCCAAGUAAAAAUCAGUUUCUCUUGGAGAACAGUGAUACAGUUGUGUUUGCUUAGAAGCCACUUUAACUAUUUGAAUGAUCUCAUGAUUUAUUUCAGUCACCAAAAAUUUGAUUUUUAUUUUCAUGAAAGUUACCAAAUUGAGCUUACAAAGAGACUUAGAAUGUCAGGCAAACAUCAGGUACAAAUAAAGUUAGUUGUACAUGAGCCUUCGGUUGGGUAGAAUUGUGGGAAAAAACCAACUGUGCUGGAGUUACAAUGGAAAACAUAUAUUAAUGAUCAAAGUCAAAACCGGAUUUGAUUUUGGUGGUACUCCACCAAGAAAGCACAGGAAAAAAGUUGAAAUAGAAAACUAAAUGUUUAUUGAUUGUCUGAAGAAAUUAAACAUGUGGAGACAUUUCCUCAGUAAUGAUCAAAUGUGGGUGGAGAACUUUUAUCAAGAACAUGGGGAGAGAGUGUCUUAGAUAUGUUAAAAAUCAGACGGUAGGAAAUACCACACAUCUUUUAUAUUAUAGCAUGCAUGUAAAUGGAGCAAAGGAUAUUUAAUCCAGUUAGCAAGGAAAAGAAGACAGCAAGAAAGAUGUCCAGUAAGAGUGCAGAGUUUCUGUACUAGUUAGUAAGGCAAGUGUUGGUGGUUCCAUCUGCAGGACAUGAAGAUCGGCAUGGCUAGUAUGUAUUAGACACAGCUCUGCAAUUACAGUUGGAUCAUCCAGAGAGGCUUGCUAUGGCUUUUAGGUUUCAAUCUCACCCCUAGUAUGUUGGUAUUAAGUGAAUUGUAUUCUCAGUGAACAUCUUAUUUGGGUCACUGUAGAGAGGUUUGUAUGGCAUGGUUAGAAAGGUUAAUAAACCUGAACUCCAAUCCUGCAUUUUAAAAGAGGCUAUUGGAAGAUUGAACUCUGUAAAAUGGUCUAACUCUGAAUGUAAAGAAUCAUAUGGUAAAUCUAAUAAUUCUGUGUAUUUAAAUUAUAUAAUUUGUUGUAUACAUAGAUACAUUAGGAAUACAUGUAAUUUGUGAUUAUGUGUAAUUUAUAAAGAACCUUUACAAGUAACUGCAUUACAAUGAUUUUGUGUUUUCCUGGUUGAAUUAGAAUGGCAAUGGUUCUCCUGGUAUACACAAACAACAGGGGCAGUUUUAUGAAGUAGCAUGGUGGGAGGUCUUGCCCACCUGCACCAAUGCUGAACCUCAUGGAGACCACUGAGGAAGGAGAGGCCUCACUGGGUAAAAUAAAUUAAUGCAUAGCAAAGAUUUUAAUAUUCUCAUUAUUCUGGUAGUCUUAGAUUUAUUGUGAAAUAAUUCACUGAAAGUGUAGGACAGUUCUUUCUUUAUGUGACAAUUACUUAAUUUCUUUCCUUAGCAUUUCCUUGUCCAUUAAUUCUAAAGAGUAACUGCAACUGUGAAAAUAUUCACCAGUACUUGCAGAUAGUAUUGCCGUUAACACUUUCUAAACAAAUAGGUAUUAAAAACAGGUAGCUUAAAAUAAGAGUGACAUGCAAAGCGUAGUCCUCAUUGCUUCAUAUUUGAAUGUAAAAACAAUCAAGGUAGUGUCUUCAUCUUCCAAAAAUACACGGAAUUUCUCAAGUAAAAGUAUAUGUAAAUAUCUUGGAAAGAUGCUAAUAUAAACUUAGAGUAACCUGUGUAUGUACACAGGCCCCCAUGCCUAUGCAGGCUUAUAUGUAUAUGCACAUCUGUGAUAUAUAUGCAUAUAUGUGGUAGAUUUGCA